AUGUCACGUAUAGUUGUUACUGGUGUUGGUAUAAUUAGUCCUCUAGGGGUUGGAAUUAAACAAAAUUGGCAACUGUUAAUAUCAGGAAAAUCAGGAAUAAUAUCAACAAAAGAAUUGAAUGACCGUGGGUAUGAAAAUAUUCCGUCAAAAGUUUUUGGUAAAGUACCUGAGGGUUCAUUGAAACAAGGUAAGUGGUCAAUUGAGGAUCACCUAGAAAAAGGUGAAGCCAGAAGAUUAGCUACUUUUAGUCAAUAUGCUUUAGCUUGUACAAAUGAAGCAUUACAAGAUGCAAAAUUUUUAAAUGAAGAUCAACACAUAAUUAGUGAUCCAUUAAAAAUUGGAGUUGCUGUUGGCUCUGGUAUGGGUUCAUUUCAAGAUAUAUAUGAUAAUUCAACUGCAUUUCACACAUUUGGUUAUAAAAAAAUUCAACCAUUGUUCAUACCUAAAUUGUUAAACAAUAUGGCUGCUGGCAACAUUUCAAUUAAAUAUGGUUUAAAAGGUCCAUUACAUUCCGUUUCAACUGCUUGUGCUACUGGCGUUCAAAGUAUUGGAGAUGCUUAUAAUUUUUUGAAAAAUGAUUAUUGUGAUGUUAUGAUAUGUGGUGGAACAGAAUCCUCAGUACAUCCAUUAGCAUUAGGUGCAUUUGCAAGAGCAAGAAGUGUGACAACAAAUUUUAACGACGAACCAGAAAAGGCAAGUAGACCUUUCGAUGGUAAUCGAUCAGGAUUUGUCAUGUCUGAAGGCUGUGGUAUAUUAAUUUUAGAAAAGUUGGAAAAUGCAAUAAAGAGAGGGCUUAACGAGCAAAAUAUUUAUGGAGAAAUUGUUGGUUAUGGGUUAUCAGGAGAUGCAUAUCAUAUAACAGCACCGAGAGAAGAUGGAGAUGGGGCAUAUAAUGCAAUGGAUCAAGCUAUAAAACGAGGUAAGAUAAAUUCAAAUGACGUUGAUUAUGUCAACGCCCAUGCAACAUCUACAGUAGUUGGAGAUCGUGCCGAAAACAAUGCAAUGAUGAGAUUAUUUGACAAAUCGAUAACUGUAUCAGCUACAAAAUCAUCAACUGGACAUUUAUUAGGUGCAGCUGGUGCAAUUGAAUCAAUCUUCACUAUAAUGUCAGUUAAAACCAGAGAAAUACCACCGACAUUAAAUUUAGAUAACUUGGGUCAACAUGAAGAUGAUGAUUUUAAUCAAUUUACUAGAUUUGAUUAUGUUCCUAAUAAAUCGAAAAUUAUGGAUAUAAAUUAUGCGUUAUGUAAUUCAUUUGGGUUUGGUGGUGUAAAUAGUUCAAUCUUGUUUAAAAAGUUUAGCUGA